AUGUUCCCAACGCUCGCCAGGCUUUCCAAGGCCUCUCGCCGGCCGCUCACCUCGAAGAGGGGUAACAAGGAUUUCUACAAAGGCACUGGACAGGCCUUCCUCCCCGGAGGACACCGAACAGGUGCACCAGGCAAACACGUCGUUAGAGGAAAGGCAAAGUACCGCCUUGUUGAUGAGAAGGUCCGUGUCUUUGUAGCACCGUCGAUUGAGGACAUCAAAAACACCAAACUCCGGCCAUACGUCGACAUCAGUUUCAACCUCUCGAAAGAGGAGAAGGAUGGUGUGUACAAGAGGCUUUAUCCGCUCGAGAAGGCACAGCAAUCCGACUAG